AGCAGGUUCAAUUGUUUUAAACAUGAAUACAAAUGAACUUUCGGAUAUAGAAUCAACCAAACCAUUUGGACCUUUAAAUAUAUCAGAAUAUUUAAAGUCAAUCACACUAGACAAUGAUGACAAAUGCUCAUGCAUCUUAUGUGAUAUGAUAUUUACCCUUCCCUUGGAGCAAACUGCUAUGUUAACUCAUUUCUAUGUUAGUCAUCGUCUAGUUAUUUCUGAUGUACACUUGAUACCUGAUUUAAAAGCAUAUAUUGAAUUUUGGAGGAAGGAAUUUAAAGGUUAUGAACUGUCUGAAUAUUGCACAACCAUGCUUCUGGACCAAAAACCAGACGGCUCUUAUUCAAAGAAUGAGAAAUAUUAUCUCUUAAGCGAAGUUCUUCCCAAAGAUUAUGAAUUAAGAGUCAAACUACAAAAAAUAAAGUACCAGGAAGUACUAGAUUUAUAUCAAAUGGAGCGAACAGCUUUAGAUUUCAGUAAAGAAUGCCUUUUUUGCAGAGAAGUUAUUACUGGCACUCGAAUAUCAUUUAUAAUGCAUCUAUUUGAUAAGCAUAAUUUAUUUCUGGGAAAAUAUAGCAAUUUAGUUUACAUAGAAGAUAUGAUUAAUUUAUUGCAAAAGAAAAUAGAACAAUUUAUUUGUAUAUACUGUGAUAAAGUUUUCAAAGAUCGUGUUACUUUAAAAGAACACAUGAGAAAAAAAUUUCAUAAACAAGUCAAUCCAAAAAAUAAAGAAUAUGAUAAGUUUUAUCUAGUUAAUUAUAAUUAUUUCCAAAAGCAGAAGGAUUCUAAAAGUGAACCAAAGGAAGUUCCAAAUGAUGAUAAUGUAGACAAAUCAGACACUGAACAAAUUGAUAGCGAUCCUGAAUGGUGUGAUUGGGACGGGUCUUUGCCAAAUAUUUUAUGUUUAUUUUGCAAAUUUACUUCACCGGAUUUUUGCAAAUUAUCUGAACAUAUGAUUGAAACCCAUAAUUUUCAUUUUGAGAAUGUGGUUUCUGAACUAGAUUUUUAUAAAAAAGUAAAAGUUGUUAAUUAUAUAAGAAGAAAGAUAUACUCCAAUGAAUGUAUUUUAUGUGAGAAGAAAUGCGAAGAUGAAGGACAAUUACAAAACCAUAUUAUUCAAGAAAAUCACAUUGGAAUUCCAGAUAAAAAACUCUGGGAUCAACCUGAAUAUUUUUUUCCAACAUUUGAUGAUGAUAACUUCUUGUGUUAUUUAGAUGAUAUUAAUGAUGAUACGGAAGAAAAAUCUGUUAAAGAGAAUUAA